UAUCUACCUUCAGCCUAUUUCUAUACAGCUUGACCGGCCCGCUCCACCCUCCCUUCCGCCUUCCGUAUCGUCAGCUUUAAAACGCUAUCGCCCCCCUCCUCAGCCAACAAAGAUGAAGCCCGUCGUAUCUUUGAUGAACGCUUGGUCCUGCGUGGUCAUAUCUCUCUUCGCCAUCGUCAUUCUCUCAGUCCUCGGAUCGCUAUUCCAAAGAGAACAUCACAGCUUCACCGGCGGUGAAGAAGAGCCCGAGAAUGGCGCCGCAGUCGCUGCCUCCAUCUACACCGCUGUCCUUGUAUACGUCGCAUUCUUCGUAUUCUGCGCCUUCCAGGCCUACCUGCACACGAGAAGCCGCAGGGGUGGCGCCAUCUCUUUGAGCUAAAUCCACUACACCCGGCCGGUGGUUCCGAGGAAAAAACCACCUGCUCUUAUGUGUCUUCCGCAAACCUUAUUCCCGCUCUAUACUACCGUGUUUUUUUUAUAUCCCUAUCUUGAAAUGAACGUCGUUUACAACUGCGUGUAGGCUUGCUUUGUCGGGUUCGGAUCCCCGGGGGGAGGAUCAUGGUUCUUUGUGAUCUAGGCGCUGGCUGCUGCAUCGUUCGACCCCCUUCCACAAAGAAGUUGCGUGGCUGUGUGGCAUCUUCCUCUCGCGGGGAGGGAGGUAGAAGAUUGAAUCACGAACUGCCUUGCUUUACAGGCACAGUAAGCGAUUUGAUUUGCUUUGCUUCUUGUCCUCGGCGGCAGGAGAAGGGGCACUAGAUCCGCCGCUAUCCGCUUCUUCCCUGAGCGAAGUGCCCGAUCCUCUUUUUACUCCAUUCUCUGCUGAUUUUGUUCGCUUGUUCAUUCUUCAUAGACCCAUGAAGAUGGUGUACGGUAUG